AUGUGGAAGCCACCCCAGGGUCUCUGGAAAAUGAAGGCACUGCGGGAGGUGGGCUGGGUAUUGCUGGAAGAUGAUGCUGUUGAGGUUGCCCAAGAGGUAGGUGAACUAGAAAAUUUGCAAAGGUUAAGUAUCUACGUCGAUUGUGAGAAGCCCAAUGGUCCCAAGGUUCUUGAAGAGCUUGCCCUGUCCCUGAGUAGGACACACUCUCUCCGAUCGCUCGACAUGGGCACCUUGAGUUAUGAGGCGAAUGCAUUUAACUUUCUCCUUGAGCUCCCGUCGCCGCCACGCCUCCUCCAAAUCCUCAGGAUCGCUGGUGGCAUUGACAAAUUGCCCAACUGGGUCGAAUCGCUCACAUAUCUUGUUGAGUUUCACAUGUCAUGGGCACACUUUAUCAAUGACCAACUAUUUGGGGUUCUGUGUAAGUUGCCCAACCUGAAGAGCAUCUGGAUGCAGCGGAACUGCUACACCGGUCUAGAGUUGGUUGCACGCGCUGUGCACAACUUUCCAGCGCUCAAGAAUCUCAGAGGGACCUGUGAUCAGGAAAUGCCCAGAGUCUGCAAAUUCGAGGAAGGAUCCAUGACAAAGCUCGAGAAACUUUCACUGAAUUUUGACAACUGGAGUGAGAAGAGCAUUGUGGGCAUUGAGCACUUGACAAGCCUUAAAGAGGUGCAGCUCGCAGGUAAGAGAGGGAACCCUGCGCUGGACCGAACUCUGGAGCAGCUAAAGACGGAGAGUGGGAGGCACCCCAAUCAGUUCACAGUUGGAGUGAAGUACGACUGA